AUGACUGUCGACAGUCAACGUGCUCGAACAAUGAGCGGAAAAGAACUACGUAUCAAAUUAUUUGACUUGAUGAAAACGAAAGGAAUUCUUGACGAUGUUAAAUCUAAUUUGCGUAAAAAUUUGAUCGAUGAACUUCGUGGUGUUAAUCAAUUUCGUCCUACGGAUGUAUCUAAUCCCUCUUUACUAGUUCGAGUUGUGAACACAUUAAUUGUUGAACAUUUGAAAAUAUGCGAUUACGAUUAUACAUUAAGUGUAUUUAUACCAGAAGCACAAUUAAAUGACUAUAAAUCAAUAUCAAAUGAUGAAAUCUUUAAACUAUUAAAUAUAUCAAAAGAAUCACAUUUUUAUAAGAAGAUUGAGUCUCAGUUGUCUAAUACUGAAAAUAAGAAUAGUUUAUUAUUAAAUUUUAUAUCGUCGAUAUCUUUUUAUUUACCGGAAUCAACACAGUCAACAAGUUGUCAAACUACUUAUGAUCUAUGGACGGGCUCUGUUGCUGGAAAUACGUUAGAUGAAAAAUUGUCUACAUUAGAUUUGAUGUAUGAUUCUCGUCAACAAGAUGAAUCAAAACAUGUGACAACAGAAGAAAAAUUAUUAUUAUUUCAAAAACGAAUUGAACAAAAAUUACAAGAUGAAUUUAAACAACAGAUUGAACAAUUUCGUGUAAACGAAAUAAAAAAAAUUCAUGAAGAAGAACGUCUCAAAUGUCAAAUGGAAUUGCAAUCACUCAAAAAAGAAUUAGAACAUGCGUAUCAAUCGAAGCACGAAACAUUAUCGGAAAAAGAAACAAGAAUUAGUGAAAGAUUUAAAACUGAAUUAGAGAAUGAAAAACGUGAUUUAUAUGGUCAACGUCAAACAUUUUUAGAUGAAUUAAAAUCAAUGAAAUUAAGAGAAACAGACUUUCAAAGAGAUUUACAAUUAAGAGAACGGCAAGUCACUUGCUACAAUAUGAUACCGGCUAUAACGUUAGAAGCCGAUCGCAUAAAACGUUUAGAAACCGAUAUGAGUAAACGAGAAUUAACUUUGCAAAAUACUGAACUCUAUAUUGAUCAACAAGUACAAGCCAAAUUAAGCAAAUUAAGAUUUGAAAUUGAACAACAAUUAAUGGAACGAAACAAAAGUUUACAAAUAUUAGAAAUUAGAAAUCAAGAAGAAUCCAAACGUUUAGCUGAAGAAAGAUUAAUUUGUGAACAAUCUAAAAUGGAAUUGAUACAAUAUAAAAAACAAUUAUCACAAGUAGAUUCUAUGGAUUAUAUGUCAAUUCGAGAAGAAAAUGCUAUAUUAAAAUCAAAAAUGGAUGAAAAUUUAACAAAUCGUUCUCAAAAAUCUCAUAUACAUCGAUAUAAUAACGAAAGUGGCAGUGAUGAUACACCGAGAAAAUUAGAUUCCCAUAUUCUAUCCGAUCAAUUAAAGAAAGUAUUUGAUUCUCAGUUAGUUGAACACCGAGUUAUGAAUGAAGAAUUAGUUGAUCUUAAAACACAGAUUGCACUAUUACAAACACAAGAAGGCAUGGGAAAAAUGAAUGAAAAUUUAUUAUUAAAGUCGAAAAAUAUUGAUUAUCUGAGCCAUGUUUUGGUUCAAUCCGAGGAUGUUCAAGAUUAUUACCCAUCAACAUUAUCUUCAAAUUAUAAUCAGUUUAUUGACGAUGCUAAAUUAAGAAUGCUUGAAUUAGAUAAAGAAGCAGAUAGAGUUGAAGAAUAUUUUCGUGAUUAUCAACAUCGUACACUUAAUAAAGUAAAUUAUGUACAACAAUCAGAUGGUAAGCAUAAAAUAUUGAUUGAAAAUUUUAUAUGCUCAUAG